CCAAUCAGCUUCCGCUCCAGGGCCGCGGCGCCGGAAGACCGCGCGCGGCGCCGGAAGUGACGCGCCGGCGUGCUGACGCGCGGGCUCGAGCCGAGGCCCGAUUCCGCGCCCGCCAUGGCCGACAAAAUGGACAUGUCUCUGGACGACAUCAUUAAGCUGAACCGAAGCCAGCGGGGUGGCCGCGGCGGGGGCCGGGGUCGAGGCAGGGCCGGUUCCCAGAGUGGCCGCGGCGGAGCGCAGGCCGCCGCGCGAGUGAAUCGAGGCGGCGGGCCCAUGAGGAACCGGCCGGCCAUCGCCCGCGGCGCGGCGGGCGGCGGCGGCAGGAACCGGCCGGCGCCGUACAGCAGACCGAAGCAACUUCCCGACAAGUGGCAGCACGACCUUUUCGACAGCGGCUUCGGGGGCGGUGCCGGCGUGGAGACGGGGGGGAAGCUGCUGGUGUCAAAUUUGGACUUCGGAGUGUCGGACGCUGACAUUCAGGAACUCUUUGCUGAAUUUGGAACGCUGAAGAAGGCAGCUGUGCACUAUGAUCGCUCUGGUCGAAGUUUAGGGACAGCAGAUGUGCACUUUGAACGGAAAGCAGAUGCACUAAAGGCUAUGAAACAGUACAACGGUGUCCCUUUGGAUGGCCGCCCCAUGAACAUCCAGCUUGUCACAUCACAGAUCGAUACACAGCGGAGACCUGCACAGAGUGUAAACAGAGGCGGCAUGACUAGAAACCGUGGCUCUGGAGGUUUUGGUGGUGGUGGUGGCACUCGGAGAGGGACCCGUGGAGGCAGCCGGGGAAGAGGCAGAGGUGCCGGCCGGAACUCAAAGCAGCAGCUUUCUGCGGAGGAGCUGGAUGCACAGCUUGAUGCCUACAAUGCGAGAAUGGAUACCAGUUAAACAGCCGGCAAAUCCACGCCUGCAACAAGACCCAGAUGCCUCGGCUGUGCUCCCUGGUGGGAGGGGUGGGAACUGGGCUGUGUGGCCAAUGAUGGAUUUGGUUUUUGUUUUUUUUGUUUUUUGUUUUUUUUUUUUCAGUUUUAAAAUAGGAUUUAAAACUCAUGUAAAGGUUUUCUUUCUUUCUUUCUUUGUUUUUUUUUUUUUUAAAUUCUGAAACAGACCUGUUUUGUACUGAGUUAUUUUUGGGAUAAAUUUUACUGGUUGCUGUUGUGGAGAAGGUGGCGUUUUCACCUUUGCCAUAAUAAAAUAGAAAUGUGUGUAGAACUGGAGCUGUCUGGUCCAUCCCACUGCUGGAGUGUUCCUGGGCCAGAGCUGGGUGUCUGGCCAGUGGGCUGGGAGGGCAGCAGGCCAGCUGUGGCACCCAACGUAGGACUGGAAUCCAAGGCUGUGACUUUCCUGUCUCCUUCCCCAUUGUUCCUAACUCCUUACUCUAACUCGGCAGAUGGGAGGACACUAGAGCAGCAAUAGCCCUUUGCUUGGAGCUGCCUGUUCAUUCUGUGCCUGCACCAUGAAAUGAAGGGUGUGCCAUGCUGUGUUGUGUCUUGAGAUCUAUGACCCUGAAAUUUUGGGAUUGUACGUUUUCCUUUUUAUGUAGUGUUCUAGAGAAAAUUGGAAUCAGCAUUUCGUACCAUGUACUCUUAAUCCUCUUGUGCUUCCCUGAUUUUCUGUUGGCAGGAAGCAAACUAUAAGAGGGCUCCCUCAAUUGUGCACAUUAUUUCUCAGUGUCCUUGGGCCUUACUGGUUCCAGGACCAAAAUUUCUCACGUAGAAUGCGUGUUGUUUACGUAGAACCUAUCUAUGUUCUCCUUCCUGUAGGUUUUAAGUAACGUCUUGGCUAAUAAUACUUACCGCAGAGUAAAUGCUGUGUAAGUAGUUGUUACGGCGUAUUGCUUAGGGAAUAAUGAAUGACGUGGAGAAAAAGAAAAAUUGCACGUGUACAGUUUACUUUUGAGUAUUUUCAAUAUUCUGUUGGUAAAAUCUGUAGACAAAGAGCUGGCUUGAUGAAUUUGGUAAAAUAUCUUCUGGAAACAGACAGAAUCUUAACAUCCAGACUGUGGUGGCCGUAAUCCCAGCACUAGGGAGGCUGAGGCAGGAGGGUUGAGGGUUUUCAUCUUCUCUCACAAACGUACAAAAACCAAUGUCCAUUUGAAGAUCGGGGCAGGGCGAGGAGGGAGAGCCUUGUACCACCUGAUGCUAGGUUUGGUGGCAGCAUUUUGAGAGUAGAGUAGGGCAGGGAGACUGGAGCUUUGGAGCUUUGUCUCUCACUGUCUAACUGCUGGUAUACUAGGAAGACCAACAAUGGGUGAGUGAGGUGGGGAGACAGCUCUGAGGAGGAAUUCACUGGGGCUACUGAAGCGCCUCUCUAGGCAAUAGCUUCCACUGGGCGCAUGCCUCAGGCUAGUUCUGCUUCCAUGUUUGGACGGGACUGAGUCAGGGGUGGGGUGUGCAGGGUGAUUCUGUCAGUGACAGUGAUGCUACUACAGAGCAUAGACUGCCACUAGAGCAUCCUGCUGUGUGUCAGGCUGGGCCAUGGUUAGAAAGGUAGGUGGCCAGUGUGGCUAAUUUUGGCCCUCUAAGGAGCCCAGUCUGUCUGGAGAACGGCUUACUGAGUGUUUGUUUUUGCUGCUGUAAUAGUGGGGAAUGGAUGUAAGAGGCAGAAGUUAUUUCAUGUAGUGCAGGUUAAGCUGUCCCUGAGGAUGUGGCCCUGGCUGGCCCCUGAAUGUUGGAGCAGACAUGAGCAGACACAUGCCACGUCUGCAGGUGAGCACACUGGUGAGGACUUGGUGCUGUUGUGAGGCGAUGCACACUGGGAUUACCUGGCAUCACUGGCUUGGCAGGGGAUGAUGCUUGAUGGGAAGAAUAAGCAGGGCUUGACAGCCCAGGGUUUUCUUGGGAGGAGAGGAGGGCACAGGAAUGAAGGUUGUGGGGCAUGGCCUCUGUAGGAUGGACAGGCAUCAAUGGAGAGAAUGUCCUAGAAAGGAGUGAAUGUGGUAGUCAUUAACUCACUGUGGAAGACAUUGGAGACUGGGCAGAUGUAUCCAGGGAUUCUACAUGAGAACUUGCUGCUUUGAGCAGGACAUCUUGUUUGAUAGCAGGUGGCAUGUGAAUAUUAAUGAAGUGUGUGGCCUAGAGAGGGUUGUAUGUGAGGGAGCGGGAAGGAUGACAUUGCUGGAGCAGGGACCAGUGUUUGCUGGUCACAUGGGUUCUGUGGAGAAGGUAGAGGACAGUGGCCUGGGGAUAGGGCUGACCGUUUGUGGUAGGGCCAAUCUGGAGUCCACCUCGUCUUCCUGUGGGAGGUAAGCAGGAGAGCUGGGACAGACCUUGAAGUAGGCCUAUGCUCCCUUAUCUGCAAAACAGGGAAAAUCUUUCCACACUUGGAGCCAGAGGACCAUUUUAUUUGUGGUUCAAGGCAGGGUACUAUUGAGGUAAGAAGGGACUCUUCCUUUACCUGCACAGACAGCUGGUGGAAAUGAAGGGUGUGUCUAGCAGGCAGUCAUCUGGAGGGCAGUGCCAGGGCUUCCUACCUGGGGAUGGAGUGGAGUAUCCCAGGCCAGUACUCUGCUGUCCCCCAAAAGUGAGUGACAGGAUAAAAUGUGACUUGGUGUUUUACAUGUCGUUCUCACUUAUAUUGCUUGCUCGACCAUAAGCUGAAGGUUUCUGGCUGGCUGGCUGCUGCACCCUUACAGCAGCUAGGGAGACCCUGUCCCUUGUGCUGCUAUGUGGUCCCCAUGGGAAAGCAAAGAUUGGCCCAGCAGUGAGUACACGACUUGUGUGUGGCCAAGGUUAGGCUUUGGGGCUUUUAGAUAUGCCGAGGGAGAAGGAAGGGAAUAGCUAGCUCUUGGGGAGAGGAGAAGCAGCACUUUGGGAGGUCAGAGCUCUUCCUGGGCUGGCUCAAUGGCACUCAGCUCUGCCUUCAGCCUGAGAUGCUUAAAAGUAGCUCUGAGGAGCAACUGUGAAAAAGAGCCUUGGCUUUUGGUUGAUGUGAACAAAAUUUCAACAAACUUCAUAGGCUGAGGAGGAGCUGUACUCCCUGUGGGCAUCCAAUGGUAUCAAACAUAGCACAGCCUCAGGCUGCCUUCAGACUCCUUUUUGAGACUCCGUUAGGCUUCUGUUUCUAUACUUAGCAAAAGAGCUGUUAAGUUUUGUUCCUUAGCAAACUGAUAGUUUCAA